AUGCCAAGCCACGUGGGCCGGGAUCUCCUCCCAGGUAAGCCACUCCGCGGGGGACAGAUCGAAGACAGUGGUGGCACGUACGAGUCAUGUGGCCUUUCUGAUCUCAUCAACACACUUGUGACAGGUCCUGGUCAAUUCAUCAUCCCCAUUACUCUGGGAGCACAUCCAGCCGUGUCCCUGGGGGCUCCAACGAACCAUUCCCAGAAUGCCUUUGAUCUCCUUCCAGAGCUUAUUCAGCUUCUAGGGGCAGCGCAGUCUGCCGUGUUCUCCAUCACUGUCACACGGCGUCCAUCCCACCCGCGGCAGACCCGCGGCAACCGGGGAGCGGCAGACCUCCCCGCCCAGCCCAAACCAAACCCCCGAAUCCGCCUAGCAGGGCCCAGAGGGACUGCCCGCCAGGGCCCCACCACGGCGCAGCAGAGCCAAGGCCCCCCCGGCCCGCGGCCCAAGAGAGGAGGCCGCCCACACCGGCCACGGCCGCCCGAACCCCCCCAUGAUGGAUCUUCCACCCGGCGGGUCACCCCACCCGCGCAGGGCCAGAGACAGAGAGGAAGUGCAGUGUUGAGUAAUGUCAACAGUGCAGUGAAGGGAAGUGCAGUGUUGAGUAAUGUCAACAGUGCAGUAGCUGAGAAGACGCUGCCACAGUCACACGACCAGAAUCUUUUCCAUACAGAUUCUCCUAACUCCAUUGAUGCUGAAGAGAUACAGCUGACAAAUGCCUCUGACUCCCCAACUCAGUUUGACAUAAAUGACUGCAAUACAAACGAUCUGCUAAACACUUGCCACCCCUCCUCGGAGACCCCAGCUGAUGCCAGUUCCCCACUGCCAGCCUUUACUCCAGCUACAAACCUGGACAGAUGCCUGGGUCAGAUGAGACAGAGCAGCCAGGAUCAAGUGUCUGAUUGUACAUUGUUAAAAAGUUUGGUGCAUGUUGUUGAGAAUCAGAGUACGUCUGUGGAUUUGUCCACCCACGGGGCUAACAAUGUUCAUAUGAGGGACAGAGUGCUGGCCUUAGCAGAUGAGAGCAGGGAUCCAGAAAGAAAUGUGGAACAGAUGAAUGUAGAGGAGCAGAACAAGAUCUCUGAUGCAGAGACAGACUAUGUAGAUGAGACUGAUGGCGAAUCAGAUGAGAGAAUGGAGGCUAGUCAGAGCUCAGGGGAGAAGAAACUGAGGCAUAGAUUGUUUCUGACUACUGCCAUCGAUCCUGGAAUGAAGUUCACAACUUACAUCGCCUUAAAUACACCUCAGAGGCAUGAAAAAUACAUUAAGGCCAGGACUCUUGCGUUUACGUCAGACCAGCAGACUGUUAAAAUGAAGUUACCUGCCGCCUGUGUCAACCCAAAGACUGGAAAAGAGCAGCAAAAGCACAAUUGUGGCAUAUUAACAAGGGACAGCCUAUUAAAGGAAAACUCAGUUUCACGUCAAUUAACUGAAACUGUGAGUGACCUGCCAUGUUAGUUCCAUUUAGUUUUUAGUUCCAUUGCAAUGUUGGUCAGUUUUGUAUUUGAGCAACUGGCAAAGUUUUCUGCCUUAUUAAACUGAAAAGAUAUUUUAAAUUUUAGGUAUUUGGCAUUUUUGGUUCACUAUCACAUUAAGUAUUUUACAAUGCUUUUACUAAUCCUUUAUUUAAUACAUUGUAAUAUAUUUAAAUUAACCUUACUGAUUGUGUGGUUGUCAGUGUUGUGUUAAAAAAAAAUAAACGAUACCACAAAUAUUGUA